AACUAGGAAGAUAAAGGUAAAAUUGUGAUUAUGCAAAACGGAUGCAUAUAUUCUUUGUCUACCAAUAUGUGUUUUAUUUUGAUGAAAUGCACGAUGACAUUAACAAAUUGUAUAUUAACGUUGUAACGCAAUAAACAUAGAUAAAGGAAAUAAAUAACACGUGAUAUUGCAAAUUUCCUUUAAUUUAUUAUUAAGUAAAAGAGAUCAAUUAACGUGUCUUAAUCAGUACAUGAAUAGAAACAAGUCAAGUGUCUUAAUCAGUACAUGACUUACAAUGAAUCGAUUCGCUUUGGCGUAUAUCAUAAACUCUACCUUAGUAUCAGUUGUAAAGCCAAAUUCCAUCCUGCUAUUACCAAGACUUGUAAAAGCUGUUGAGAAUUCAAGUGCAACAUUAACUUGCUCGAAGGAAAAUGGAUCAAUCAACGAAACAAUAUGGACAAAUUCACAAAUAGCCGAAGACGCUAAUCUCACAUUCAAUAACGGGAAAUGCAUAGUCACUGGGUUUUUGCUAAACAGUGACCUAUUUGAUGGUAAAUGUUACGGUAAUGGAACGUACUCCGUGAUGCUAAAAAAGAUCAAUCGGACGCAACAUGGAACUGAAUGGACAUGUUCAGAGACUGUCACAAUGAAAAGUAACAUCGUUUCUUUCUAUGUAACCGUUCCUGCCAAAAACGUUGAUAUUCGUUUACUCGAUGAAAAGCUUUACAUGAGAGAAAAUCAAACACAAACUGUACGUUGUCAAACCUCACCGUGCCGACCAAACCCUACAGUAAAAUGGUAUCUCCGACAUUAUUAUAGCAAAAUAACAUACGAUAUAACGGAAAAUUCGACACAAUCAUACAGUUUAGAAGAAUAUGAAUUGAUGGCUGCAGAAAGUAUACUUGAAUUCAUUCCAAAUAGGACAUUUAACAACUGGCAUUUAUUUUGUGAGGUUUGGACACAAGUGGAUAAUGCUGACAUUUCAAGCCAAUUCAUUGUAGUAAAUGUGUCAUUUCCUCCGAGUAGAGUUGUUUUCCUUAUAUCAAGUAAACUAUCAGAAGCAGGCGCUUUUAUUGCUAACAAUGGCCAAAACGUGUCUUUCUUUUGCAUGGCUGUUUCAAAUCCUAAGUCGGAAAUCAUUAUCAGAGAUCAAAGAGAUAAACAGUUAACAACUUUGAAAGAUACCAAAUUUGUCGAUCAUACAAAAUUGAAUGUGUCCUGUGCCGAUGCUGGACAUUAUACAUGUUAUGCAAGAAAUAUGUUAACUGUUGGAGAAGAAGCAACAUCUAAUCAUAUUCUCAUCGUCAGAUGUCCGCCACGUCCGAAAACUGUAAAAGACGACAAUGUAACAGCCCUUUUGGGGUCUGACGUCACACUGCCAUUUACAGCACAUGACCUUUUUGAUGGGCAAAACAAAACUGCUUUUACAUGGUACAAACAGAACACAUCAUUGCAAAUGACGCUAGUAAACAUAUAAUUUCAUCCUACGGAUUACAAUCUGUCUUGGUCAUCAGAAAUAUAACUCAAACAGAUUAUGGGCAAUACCGAGUUAUUGUCAGGAAUUCAGUUGGACAAUACAUUCAUUAUUACGAAUUGAACGAAAAAGACAUUGAAAAACAGCAAGAACCAGUGGAGUCUGCAAUCAUUGGGAUAAUAACUGGUGUCGCUGUUGGUACAUUUGCUUUCACAAUUUUAGUUGUUGUUAUGGCAUUACUCGGUUACAAAUAUAUCAGACGUUACCAAAGUCUUGGAAAAAGACAAGCAACUGGAAGUAGAACUGUUUCUGAAAAUCAGACAACAUCUACAUAUAACGACU